AUGGCGGCCGAGCACGUCAACUCAUUCCGAUGUCCCUCCGCUACUGUCACAUCCAGCCCUGUGCUCCCGUUCCCGCCCAUUCCCUUCCUCAUACCUGCUCCGGCUCUCCCUGUCACUCCACUCCCUCACUCCCAAACUCCCCUGCCAUCUCCCUCUCACCCAGCACCCGCAUCGCGCCGAAAUGUCGGGCUCCUCGCCACGGCUCGCGGUCGCACUGCUGCUGCUGAUCUGCGCGCGCAAUGGACGUAUCUUCCCCGCAUAUCUUGCGGCGCAUGGCUGCCGCGCUCAUUCGGCUUCGCUUCCCGCCGCGUCGAUCCCGCCGACGCCGACGCCGGCGCGCAACCGCUGUUCCCGCACGCGCAGUCCAAGCUGACGUCAUCACUCUCCCUCCGCCCCUGGAUGUUCUCCUUCGCCCACUCGCGCUCCUUUCUCCGCACCGCCUCCCGCGCGCCGCCCCCGCCAGCGCCAGAUACGCGGGAUGCGCCCACCUUUUCCACGCUCACGCUAGAGCGCGACCAGCCGCCCAAACCGCCCAAGUCGCCCAAAUCCCCAAAGCCGCCCAAGUCCCCCAAGCCCCCGUCUCCCCCGAAGCCAGGAAAGUCCCCCAAGCUCCCCCCGUCCCCUCCGCCCACCCCUCUUCCGCCGCCGUCGGAGUGGCCAUCCACGUACGCGGGCGUCGCGCCGCUCGCGACGGACCCACCGGAAACGCCGCUCUUCGAUGUGAAGGAGGGGUUUGGGGCGGUGGGUGACAACGCUACCGACUCGUGGGCCGCGUUCGACGGCGCGUUCCGCGCUGCGUGUGAGAGCGCGAGGGGGAGCGGCGGGCGUGCGAUAGUGCGCGUGGGGGAGGGCGCGUUCUUCCUGGCGAAGUCCAUCACCGUCAACGGGUCGUGCGGCGCUGGCCUCACGCUGCAGGUGGACGGCACCAUCUACGGGCCGCUCUCCAAGGACGGCUACCCCACGCCCUCACUCUACCUGAACGGCACUAUCAUUGGUGUCGCCAGCAACGGGCUGUUUCAGUUCCAAGGCAUGAAGGGACUGGUGCUGCGCGGGGAGGGGGCGAUUGACGGCAACGGGAGGAAGUUCUGGGGGUCCAAGGCGCCCACGCGGCCACACAUCAUUGUGCUCAUCGACUGCCAGUACACCACCAUCGAUGGGCUGCUGCUGCGGUAUUUGUGUAUCAACCCGCCGAUGUACCACGUGUUUGGGUACGGCACGGAGGGGCUGUGGAUCCGCGGGGUGACGACCAACAGCCCCGAGACGUCCCCCAACACGGACUCGCUCAAGCUGAUCGGUGUGCGCCACGCUGUCAUCGAGAACUGCACCUUCCACGGGGGGGAUGAUGACGUGUCACUCGUUGCCAGGGGCGCUCAGAGCGUGGUGAACGUGACGGUCAGGAACCUCAUUGCCACGGCCGGGCACGGCAUCAGCAUUGGAAGCCUGGGCGCUGGAGGGGCAGUGGCGUGUGUGUCUGAUGUGACCUUUAAGGACCUCAUAAUAUCUAACCUCGAUAAUGGGCUGCGCAUCAAGACAUGGCAGGGUGGCCUGGGGAUGGUGCGCAAUGUGCGAUACGAGAAUGUGUACAUGACCAACACUGACAACGCCAUCACACUCAACCAGUUCUACUGCGACUCGCACCAGGACUUCUUCUGCGGCAUAGCGCCUGACAACGUGGCACUGGUCAACAUUACAUACUCCAAUGUCUAUGGCACCACCUCACGGUAUGGAAUGAACAUCCGAUGCAGUGCGACGGUCCCCUGUGGCGGCAUCAAGCUCAACAACGUCAACCUUGUCUCCUCCAAGGGAAGCUCUCUCCGCCCCGUGCUGCUGAAUGUGGUCAACAGCCAGGCCACAGGGGUGGUGGCGCCGUUACCGCAAGGCAUGGGGUCGUAUGCAGGACCAGAGGACGUAGGCAGGUCGAUGAUGCCGUUCCUGCAGCGCGCCGAUGAGCUGCAGAAGCACGACCCGCUCGUCGCCUACUACUGUCGGCUGUACGCGACGGACAAGGGGCUGAAAGUGUCGAGCAAGGAGAGGGGCAAGGACACCAACGACCUGCUGCUCUCGCUGCUCUCCCGCCUCGAGAAGGACAAGGCGGAGGUGCAGCUGAGCCCCGAGGACAGCCUGCACGUGGAGGGCUUUGCAGAGCGCGUCUUUGCCAAGGCGGACAAGCAGGACCGCGCGGGCCAGGCCGACAUCUCGACAGCCAAGACGUUCUAUGCGGCGGGGCUGUUCUUCGACGUCAUGCGCCAGUUCGGCGAGCUGCCUCCUGACGUGGAGCAGAAGCAGCGGUAUGCGGCAUGGAAGGCAGCGGACAUUCGUAGGGCAUUGGCAGAGGGUCGUCAGCCCACGCCCGGCCCGCCCCCUGCUGACUCUGCUGGUGCUGCAGCCCUGCUCUCCGCACCUGCUGGCGCCUCUCCCACUGCCCCUGCUGCUGCCCCGGAUAGUGCUGGCGGGGCUGGUAAUGCAGGCCAGGUGAGGAGAUGGGGGAGAAGGAGGCCAGGUGAGGAGAUGGGGGAGAAGGAGGCCAGCACGUUCUCUGCACACAUCAUCCUCGUUCACACCACCCUGUCACAUACCCUACUCCAUGCACACCCCUCUCCCCCCCAGCAGCACGACAUCCUGGGUUUGCCCGUGCCACCCUCUGUGCAGCCUCUGCGCCCUGACCACAGCGGAGCAGCGCCAGGGGGGGGUGGGGCCACAGCAGCAGGGGGAGGGGGAGGUGUGGGGGGAGGAUGGGCACAGGGCGGCGGCCAGCAGGGGCCAGGGGUGGGGCGACCCCAUGGGGGCGGUGCUGCGACAACAUCGUCCAUCGGCCCUGCAGGCAUGGGCGCACCAAGAGCAGCAGCGGCUGCCCCGUCGUCCUUCUCAGCCCCCCUGCCUGCUGCAUCACAGCCCACUGCCACUGCCACCGCAGGCACUGCUGCAGGCACAGCCACAGGCACUAGCACAGGCUCGACCCAAGGCACGGGCACGGGCACGGGCACGGGCACGGGCACGGGCACGGGCACGGGCAUGGGAAUGGGCGGGCAGGCUCCCCCAGCGGGCAAGGUGGGGGACGCCCACCGCGCUGCACGCUUUGCUGUGAGUGCACUGGCCUUCGACGACGUCCCCGCUGCUUUAGACUACCUCAAACAGGCCCUGCGGUUGCUGGACGGGAUGUAA